GGACUUCCAAUGGAUGUCCCUUCCCCGGUCCGGUCGAUUGCCGGAACCGCAUUGCAACGUACUCAUGACACAAUUGCGGGAUUACUUGCACACUGCAGUACCAGCUCCGUUGAUGGACGCCGGAGUAAAGGUUGUCCACCUUCACAACUACAUUGCGAAGAUCGACAGCGAGUUCAAGACACAAUGGUACGACGACAUCGACACGCCAUUGUUAUACAUACGCAUUCAGAUCGGAGAGGCGACCUGCAGCGCUUUGAUUGAUUGCGGAACUACUCGCAACUACAUGAGCCAAGACUUUAUGGUACGCUUUGGCCUUGGGCCACACGUUCGGAGGAAGUCGCAGCCCACGCAGGUCACGUUGGCCGACGGUCACAUGCACAAGUCAAUCGACCGGUGCAUCGAUGUCGUCCCCGUGUACUUUGCCCCGCAUGCAAGCGAGGCCGUGUCCUUCGACAUUUUGGACACCAAGUUCGACAUGAUCUUGGGCAUGUCAUGGCUGCGAAGCGAGGACCGCCUGGCGAACUUCUACCACCGCACCGUUCACGUUCGUGAUCGGAACGGAGUACUAGUCCCAUGCACGGUGCCUCCUCCUCACCCUUCGAUCAGCUGCCACGUGGUGUCCGCCGCAAGUAUUCGAGCUUCCAUCAUCCGGGAUGACAUAGAGGAGAUGAGGGUGUGUUUUCUCCAUGCCCUCCCGCCCCAAGACAUUCCAUCGACAAACUCACCACCGGACCCACGCAUCACCGAGCUUCUCGACGCCUACGGCGACGUGUUCGAAACACCGCACGGAGUAGUACCGGAUCGGCCCAUCCGCCACGAGAUCAUCCUCGAGGACGGGGUCGUACCUCCACGUGGUUGCAUCAACCGCAUGAGCGAGGAAGAGUUAAGUGUGCUAAGGGCACAGCUCGACGAUCUUCUCGAGAAAAGCUGGAUUCGGCCUAGCUCUUCGCCAUACAGUGAUCCCGUUCUCUUCGUCCGGAAGAAGAAGAAGGAGCUGCGGUUGUGCAUCGAUUAUCGCAAGCUCAACACACAAACCAUCAAGAACGCCGGCCCUCUUCCGCGCAUCGACGACCUCCUCGAACGACUGGGCGGCGCCAAGUUCUUCUCCAAGCUUGACCUCAAAUCGGGAUAUCACCAACUCGAGAUCCGGCAGGAGGACCGCUACAAGACCGCGUUUAAGACGCGAUAUGGGCAUUUCGAAUGGUUGGUUAUGCCUUUUGGCCUUACGAAUGCCCCGGCUACAUUCCAAGCGGCUAUGACAACGGAGUUCCGACACAUGCUGGAUAGAUUCGUACUCAUCUACCUCGAUGACAUCUUGGUGUACAGUCGGAGUUUGGACGAGCAUGUGGAGCACCUGCGCAGCGUUUUGGAGCGGCUACGACAAGCUAAGUACGAAGCCAACCGCGACAAAUGCGAAUUUGCGCGGCAAGAGCUGGAGUACUUGGGACAUUAUGUGACGCCGCAAGGCAUCCAUCCGCUUGCAGACAAGAUCGAGGCCAUCCGUGUAUGGCCCGAGCCCACCAACACCACGGGCGUUCGCUCAUUCAUGGGGUUGGCAGGCUACUAUCAACGCUUCAUCACCGGGUACUCAAGGAUUGCCGCACCUAUGAUGAGAUUACAAUCGCCAAAGGUGUCAUUCGUAUUCGAUGACGACGCACGCCGAUCAUUCCAAGCACUCAAGACGGCCAUGCUCAUGGCACCCGUCCUUAGCAUCUAUGACCCCACCCUGCCAAUGAGAGUGACAACCGACGCUUCCGGCUAUGGCAUUGGGGCAGUCCUGGAACAACAUGACGACGACGACUGCCACCCUGUGGAGUAUUUCAGCCACAAAGUGCCUCCCAUCAAUUCACUUGAUGAUGCAAGGAAGGAGCUGCUCGCGUUCGUGAUGGCUCUCAAGCGAUGGCGACACUUCCUCCUUGGGUGUUGUAGGUUCACAUGGGUCACGGACAACAACCCAUUGACCUACUACAAGACGCAGGAUACGGAGUCUGGCACGAAGAUGAAACCAAGUUCGGCUCGGCAUCCACAAACGGACGGGCAAACGGAGCGGGCACAUCAAACCGCUCAAAUGAUGCUUUGUACGCUCAUCCAUCCGGAUCAGAAGGAUUGGGUUGACCGCCUCCCCGACAUCGAGUUCGCCUACAACACUUUGUUGCAUCCGGCGAUCAGCAUAACUCCAUUCGAGUUGCACCACGGUGGCCGGAAAGGCCGUAUCUUCGCUGAUCUUCUCCUCCCACGAACAGCCGACAUAGACGUUGCUUCCUCCCCCGCUUCCGUUCAGAAGUACAGGGAAUUGCUGGCUCAAGCCCGCGCAAACAUGCAAAAGGCUCAAGUCUGCAUGCAGCAGCAAGCCAACAGGCAUUGCGUGCCAUGUCCCAUCCGCGCCGGUGAUCUGGUGUGGGUCUCCGCGGAAGAGUUUGCACUCGAACGAGAUGUUUCACGCAAACUGCUUCCCAAGUGGUUUGGACCAUGGCCCGUAACAUCAGCCGCGGGCGAUGAGCCCGAUGGCCCCUCAUUUGUGAUCAACAUUCCCCCGCAUCUGACGGUCCAUCCAGUCUUUCACGCCUCGAAGCUGGCAACAUAUACACCAUUCAAGAGCGACGACUUCCCGGGCCGAAGAUCACAAGAUCCUCCAUCUAUGGAUGGUCAUCAGGAGGUUCACCGCGUCAUCACGGAUCGCAAGUACGGCAGCAAGCCUCGACAAUACAAAGUUACAUUCAAAGCAUGCGAUCCCGACAACACUCGGUGGAUUUCAGGAACAAAUUUGAAAGCAUCCGCACAGCUGAUCUACGCUCACUACGAGUGACAAAGGUUAGCUCAGGGAACUUCACGACCUGCCCCUCCCACCCGGACUGUGGUCCCUCCCUCAGACAGACAGCUUCGCCCUCGCAAGU